GCAACUCUCUCUCUCUCUCUCUCUCUCUCUCUCUCUCUCUCUCUCUCUCUCUCUCUCUCUAACCUGUGGUGCAUGUUUGGAAAUGGGGUUAUUAUAUCCAGCCAUACUAGCUUUUCCUUUCGGCUGCUUAUACAUUUUCACAGGCCUCAUCGUUAAUGUCAUUCAGGCAACUUGCUUUGUGUUUAUUUGGCCCUUGUCAAGGAGCUUGUUCAGGAGGAUAAAUGGAGUGGUGGUUCAGAUGCUGUGGUUGGAGUUUUUAUUUUGCUUGCAAUGGUGGGCUGGCAUUAAGGUUCAAUUGUACACCGAUUCAAAAACUUAUAAAUUAUUAGGUAAAGAGCACGCACUUAUCAUUCCCAAUCAUAGGCAUGAUGUUGAUUGGCUCGUUGUAUGGACAUUAGCUCAGUAUUUCGGUUGCCUUGGUAGCGCACCUGUAAUUUCAAAGGAUUCUUCAAAAUUCUUCCCGGUCUUGGGCUGGUCAACAUGGUUUUCUGAUUUCGUCUACUUGAAAAGGAAUUGGAAUAAAGAUGAAGGCGUAUUGAAGUCAAGCCUCCAAGCAUUGAAGGACUUCCCAAGGCCAUUUUGGUUAAUAUUUUUUGUAGAAGGAACGCGCUUAACUCAGAAAAAGCUUUUAGCUGCCCAAGAAUAUGCUGCUUCUACAGGAAUUCAUGUUCCAAAAAAUGUUUUGGUUCCUCGUACUAAGGGCUUUGUUUCGACGGUGAAAUACAUUCGAUCAUUUGUUCCAGCUGUCUAUGAUGUUACACUAGCAGUCCCAAAGAAUGUACCUCCUCCUUCUGUCAAGGGAAUGUUCUCAAAGCAACCUUCUUUGGUAAAGGUGUAUAUCAAGCGAUACCCAGUAGAAGAGUUACCGAAAUCAGAUGAAGGCAUUGCAGAAUGGUGCAGAGACAGAUUUGUUGCUAAGGAUGCUUUCCUAGACACAUUUCUGGCGAGGGGAACAUUUGGAGACCAAAAAUAUUACGAUAUUCAACCCAAAAAAUCUCUCUAUGUUGCCAUAUUCUGGAUUGGUGCCUUACUUCUUAGUAUUUACAAGCUCUUUCAAACGUGUUCCCCUCUAUCAUCGUGGAAAGGGAUUGGAAUUACAACGGCUACAUUGUUCAUUGUUGAGAUGCUAAUGUAUGUCUUACUCUUAUCCACUCAACAAGAGCAAUCUACACCAGAGAAACAAGCAGCUUCUCCAAAGACAAGUCCAAACAAAGAGUGAACUUGAAUUUAUUUAAAUUAUCCGUGAAGUGGUUUCUUUUAUUUUGUUGUUUCUAUUAAUUGGACCAAAAAAUUGCAAUCUUAGUGGCCAUGAUAUUGAAAACUUGUAGCACGUAUGACAAC